CUUGUUCUUGCUGCUGUAUCUUACGAGUUUUCACAAAGUUGCUCGAGGAAGACCAUAUGUUCGUAGUUGCGUUCGAACAAUCGUAUCAAACUCCAAGGAGAAUGCACUACGUUCUCAUCCUGAUGGGCCUCUACGUUGCUGUGGCGCUCGGAUAUUCGGGUAGAAGGUGUCCUGCUGGAUGGAAAAACAUAGGAUCGGGAUGUUAUAAUUUUCCACUAAUUGUAAAAAAUGAGUAUCAGAUUGCCGUUUCCACGUGCAAGUCGUUGGGAGGCCAAGUCUUUGUUCCAAAUAGCAAAGCUGAGAUCGGCAUUGCCCGUAUGCCCUACAUAACACAACACAAGGAUACCGAAAUAGAUGAUUACAUCUGGGUUGGCUGUGUGUAUGAUGAUGCAAAUAUCACCUUCUUGUGUGUGGAUGGCAGCAGUAUAGGUCUUACCAAUGCUGAUAUGUGGCCAAACGACCACGACUUCGGUUCCGUGAGUGCCGCUCUUCCUGGCCAAGUAGUAGCCACGUUCGUCACAGUUCCGGGUGGAUUGUACGACGUAAUAGUAACCAAACGUUUAGCCUUUCUAACGCUCUGUGAAGUGGAACCUCUUCCAGAUCCUCCGCAGCUAGAAGCUCGUCCCACAUCAAGUGUCUUUGCUCAAGCAACCGAUCGCAAAGGACGUGCUCCGAUUGGCUACUGUGGCAAUGAUCACGUGAUGAAGCUUGCACCCAUAGGAGGCAAGGCACAAUACGCCGUGGUUUGGUUCAGGUCUGGACUUGAGUAUUUCGGGUCACCGUCAUGUUGGAACCCAAUUGUGACUAAGAUUGAGGUUCUUAGCGGACCUUUUCAGGUUCAGCUGAAGGAUUUUCAGGUCGUCCUCUUUCUUCAUGGUGCCAUCAAUCUUCUGGAGUGA